UGAUUCGUCGCUGCCCCACCGACUUGUGUGAAAAUUUUUGUUAAAUUUUUUAAAUGUGAUACUAUUCGUGAAUUAUAAUAUAGAAAUAUAGUUUUAUCUUGCAGGCAGCUAAACACCACAAAAGUUUUUUAUGAAAUAUCUUUUACAAAGGAUUAAUAAUGUCAUAAUGUUCAUCUCCCACUGAUCGACAAAUAGCUUCGAUCAUAAUUUCGCACGUCCAAUAACUAACAAUCUGCGGUGCAGUGCGGUGGUGCGGGGCGAGCCGCGAGAUGUAUCAGUAAGGCGAGCGGCGAGGGUCGGGCCAGAGGCAGGGUGUCAUGCUGGAGACGCGGUCUGUGCGUGCCGCUGAAUCGGUGUGGGCGAAUAAGCCGUUGCCGGCGCCGCACGCCAUGGCCAGCUCCAGGCACGGAAAGAAUACACAGGACGAUGUCUGCUACGUGGUCGCCAAGUACGACUAUGCGGCUCAAGGAGCACAGGAGCUGGACCUGCGGAAGAACGAGCGCUACCUCUUACUGGACGACUCCAAGCACUGGUGGCGCGUACAGAACGCGCGCAGUCAGUCGGGAUACGUGCCCAGCAACUAUGUCAAGAAGGAGAAGCCUUCGCUGUUCGAUAGCAUCAAGAAGAAGGUGAAGAAGGGUUCCGGCUCUAAGACCCUGCCGUCGAACAGUUCUCCAGUGCGUGGCGGGGGCGGCGGCGGGGAGUCCCCGGGCGCAAGGCGCGUGGAGCCCACGGAGGCGCUGGGCACGGCCGUCGUCAAGUACAACUAUCAGGCGCAGCAACCCGACGAGCUCGCGCUCACCAAGGGGACACGCAUACUCAUACUGGAGAAGAGCAACGACGGCUGGUGGAGGGGGCAGUACCAGGGACACACCGGAUGGUUUCCUUCAAACUACACGAGCGAGGAAGGAGACGAGGACACCGUCCACACUUACGCGAUGGCUGAGAAUGUACUCGAUAUUGUUGUGGCGCUGUACUCGUUCACGUCCAACAACGAGCAGGAGCUGUCGUUCGAGAAAGGUGACCGUCUGGAGAUCAUCGAGAGACCGCCCUCUGACCCCGAGUGGUACCGGGCUCGGGACAACCGCGGACAGAUAGGGCUCGUGCCCAGAAACUACCUCCAGGAACUCGCAGACUACCUCACGCAGCCUUACAGCGAGGCGUCCGAGGGCGGGCCGUCCAGCGCGGUGGCUCGAGUGGGUGCGGGCGUGGCGGGCCCGGCGGGCGCAGGUGGCGGGGCUGUGGGCGGCGGGGCGGUCGGCCGCGCCUGGUACUUCGGCGCCAUCACGCGCACUCACUGUGACGCGCUGCUCAACCAGCACGGGCACGACGGAGACUUCCUCAUCAGAGACUCGGAGACCAACGUCGGCGACUACUCCGUGUCGCUGAAGGCGCCGGGUCGCAACAAACACUUCCGCGUGCAGGUGGAGGGCAACCUGUACUGUAUCGGCCAGAGGAAGUUCACGACGCUGGACCAGCUCGUGGCGCACUACCAGCGAGCUCCCAUCUACACCAACAAGCAGGGGGAGAAGCUCUACCUCGUGCGUCCUCUACCGCGCGCCAACCAGAACUGCUGAGACGACGUCACUCGACCGGGGGGCGAUGGCUGGCGGAGUUCACUAUUAUUAUUUAUGUCGUAGAGUCCUGGGACCGUGCACCACACAUCCCACCCCACGGACGCGUCGCUUCUACCCGACCUGGCAUCGCUAACAACCUCGGCCUAAUGUUUCAGCGUAUCGUUUUUUAUAACGGCUGUUCUGUACCGACGCAGCAUCCGGUCGUGGGUAGAACCGAAGCGCUCAUUUGAGAAGAUCGUUUUCGGGCUCGUGUUGGACGUUUGGAAAUGACAUUAAUCGAUUACGGAUAUUUCAAUCCAUCGGAAAUAUAAAAGUAACCGGACAUAGCGACGCGCUAGACAUGAACUGGGAUGGUUGACCACGUGUAAUGCGCAACUGGCGGGACCUGAUUCAUCACUAGAUGUUAGCGGGUCCCGGCGGAGGGUUCCCGGGAUGUGCGCACGGAACCCUACACUAUAUGUAUGUAUGUAGUCUAAUGCGGCGUUGAUACAACGCCUCUAGUAUAUUAUGAUAAACCAAAAAUCGGCUUUUGCAUUCUUUAUUAUAAUAAGGACGAUUUCUAUAUCAUAUUAUUUUGUAAGCGUAGUGUAAUUUUUAAAUGAUUUUUAUAAAUAGAUAGAGUGUUAACAUUAUGUACUCACUAAUAUACAGACGUAUGCUUCCUUUUUUAUGACGAUGUUGUUUUGACUGCGGUGUGCGUUAGUUUACAAUGGAGACGCCAAUCGUAGCCCCGCCGGCGGCCUCGCCCGGCGUCCGGCCGGCGGGGCGCCAGGCGUGUACGGCGCGGGCCGGACGGAGAUGUAUUGUAAGACGCGUCGGGGCCCGGGACUCGCGCGGUGAAGACGAUGGCACAACGAACUAGUGCUGGGGUUCGGCGUUAGAUUUGUUCUUUUAUGUUUAUAUGUUAUCGUUUGAACCGGAACGUUAGUGUCCAAAUGUUUUUUUUUAUAAAAAUAAUAAACGUGUAGUGUGCGUGUGUGUGUGUGACGUCACCGGUCCAGUCCCCCGGCGCGUCAGUCGCUAGUCAGUGCCGCCCGCCCUACAUCGAGUGUUCGGUUCGGCCACACUUCCACCGUCGGUAUUAUUUUGUACGCUUUUUUUUGUAUUUUAUUGUAGAUAGAUAAAGACAACAGCUGACGCCGAUCUCGUCUCCGGAACUCAUUUCACUAACAUAUAUUAGUUUGAAUAUUGUUUAGUGUCGGACCUCGCGACGGAUAUAUAGAUUAUAGAGGAAGUCGUUCAGAUCAAUGGAGACGCUGGUCGAGCUCCCUUCAACUUAACCACCAUUAAUCUUAAUAUAUUUAACGUUUAACAAUACUCUAGUGUUGUACCAGCUCCUGUCCCCGGCAGCUCCUCCAUAGUGACGUUCCAUCAGAGUCGUCGUCUGUGAACAUUGAAUCUGAUACUGAAUGUUCCGGUUUAUUUUUCUAUGAAUGUAUCCCGCUGCCUCCUCACUCCCUCCCUCCCUCACCCCGACACGCGAGUCGGAGAUGAUUCCGCAUUUAUAUUUUGUAAGCCAUCUCCGGCGAGGCGUUCACUGAUGAUACAUAUUUAAAUUAUUUUUAUAAAUAUGUCCUUUGGUUCAUCGUAUGUGGUACGUUUGUGAUAGGACUCGCCUCUCCGUAGGUCGCAGGGCCGCCGACCCGCGCGAGGAGUCGCGGCUUCGUCGCCGGAUGUUUUUGUACGUUUUAUACUCGAUGAUAUGUGUAGUGUCCGGCCGCGAGCCUCACACAGUGACCGUUCAGGGCCUAGAUCCGUAGGAGUAUAGGGCUCUAGUCGGAGGCGCUCCGCUACCGUUCCCAGCGCGUCUUCCCUUAACGUAUCGAUAGCGGCUAGAGGCGGACGAGGCGUUAUGAUCUGUAUUAUAAUCGAGGGUUAUGAGUUAAUAAGGUUUAGUGUUAAAUCUAUUAUGUCGGAGUGUCUGUGUGGAUUUUUUUUGCAUACGAUUAAAGAUAUAAGUACAUUUACAUCGCCGAUUAAUUUCAACAAAUAGCUUUACGAGAUAACAUUGCCAUUAAAAAAAUAUGUAUAAAGUAUAAACUAACGAACAUUCCUACGCCCCUUUGGAUCCGAUGUUCUGUAACAGCCGGCCGGUUGCUCGCGCUCCGGGCCGCGGUCGCUGGACAUAUUUCAUAGUGAAUAUAGUGAUAGCCAUAGAGCGAGUCGAUUAUUUUUUUUUAUUAUUAUUGAUUGCUCAACAAAGUGUCUUUAUUUUGUAUGUAACCGAGCGUUUGUAUUUUUCCGCGUAUAUUAAUCUGUAACGAUCACAUGGUACUGAUGUAAGCGCAGUGUAUAAUAUUUAACAUUAUAAUUUAUUUAUUAAUUUGCAAA